AUGAAGAUUCAUUCACCACAGACCUGGAACCAUAGAUCCACCGUGAUCCGCCAAUUACAGCCGCACUUGACAGGCAAGUACGGGGAUACAUGGUAUGCAAACAUUGAAGAAAACCGAUGUCGAUCAAAAAGAGUGGAGACACAGCUAGCGGGCCCUGGUGGGGAGGACUUGAGACUACUGAGACCACUUUCUGAGGUGCUUGGAAAAGGAUGUGUGGAGCAGAACACCGCAGAGGCUCUGAAGGGCAAGAAGGCUGUGGCAUUGUACUUCAGCGCUCACUGGUGUCCACCCUGCCGUGGUUUCACCCCUAAGUUGGCAGAGUGGUACGAAAAGGACUUGAAGGCAAAAGGCUUGGAAGUGGUCUUCGUCACUGGAGACAGGGAUGAAGACUCCUUCAAGGAAUACUUCAAUGAGCAGCCAUGGUUGGCAGUGGACUUCAAUGCCAAGGAGACCCUGUCGAAGUUGAACAAGACCUUCAAAGUCCAGGGCAUUCCAAGUCUCAUCAUCUUGGAUGCUGAUGGCAAACUCAUCACUAAGGACGGAAGGGAGGCGGUUUCCAAAGACCCCACGGGUGAAGACAUGCCAUGGAUUCCUCCCAAGGCCAAAGACCUGGUGGAGAAGAUGAAAUUGACCGGUCCGGCAGGAACCAUGACGUUGACUGAGGCGAUGGCUGGGAAGCAAGCUUUGGCAUUGUACUUCAGCGCCCACUGGUGUCCACCCUGCCGCGGUUUCACCCCUCAGUUGGCAGAGUGGUACAUGCAGGACCUCAAAGCGAAGGGCUUGGAGGUUGUCUUCGUGUCCUCCGACAGAGAUGAAGCGGCCUUCAAUGAAUAUUUUGGUGAGAUGCCCUGGUUGGCUUUGGACUUCUCCGAUCGCAAGUUGAAGGAACAGCUCUCCAGUGCUUUCAAAGUGCAGGGGAUCCCUUCGCUAGCAACAGAGCUGCAGGGAUGUGAAGAAGCGCAAGUGGUCUUGGACGCCGACUACAACGUGGUGACGCUGAAAGGUCGGGAUGCAGUCACCGCAGAUCCCACGGGAGCGGAGCUUCCCUGGCAUCCCAAGCCUGUCUCCAACUUGGAAUUUGGCCCUGGGGACAUCGAAGAGGUUCCUACUUUCCUGGUCUUCUGCGAGACCUCCAGUGAUGAGGAGAAGAAGCAAAUUGAAGAGACCAUGACUUCGGUGGCCCAAAAGUUUGUGGAUAAACAGAAGGCAGAGGAUGCGGAGUUUCCAGACAUGGCCUUCAUCAUUUGUAAGAGCAACUGCGCCCUGGGCAGCCGUCUUCGAACCAUGUUUGGAAUGAAGAAUUUACCUCCUGCUCCACAUGCGCAUGCAUUGAGCAAAAAGGACAGGGUCCAGCCAGCGUCGCCCAUUACAGAUCCUUCUGUGGAGUUUUGGCUUAGUGAUAUUGCUUUGUGGAAAAGGGACCUGGUUGGGGCUGUGAUGGAUGUGGUCAAGAUGGCAGCGGCAAGGAGAGAUAUCGAUGCGAAGAAGGCAGAUGCUCACCAAGUCUAUAGUGCUGUCACCGUUGUGGUCGCUGGAGGCACAGAAGCUGAGAAGACGCCUGUGCAAAUGGUCAUCGUCGACAUUCCAAGCAACGGUGCCUACUACACGGGGGCACCAGGCCCAGUUUCCCUCGAAUCCAUCCAAACCUUCGUGGAUGGUUUCAAGGUCUUGCAGGGGUUGGAGGAUCCUGAAAAGGUCCUUGAUCAAGCCGUGGACGAGAUGCAGGCCGAUCUUAUCAAGGUGAGGCAGUCCUACGCGGAGGUCCUUGCAACACAGAGGAGACUCCAGAGCCAGAAGGAGCAAACCGAUAAGAUGGCGGAAGACUGGUACCGCCGGGCCGAAAUGGCUGUGGAGAAGGGAGACGAUGAAUUGGCGAAAGAAGCGUUGACACGGCGGCAAACUGCUGUUACAAAGGCCACUGGACUGCAGGAGCAGAUCGAUGCCAUGGGAGGGAACGUGGAGAAACUCUUUGAUUCGGUGAAGGCCUUGGAGGAGAAGAUUUCGCAGGCCAAGGAGGAGAAGGAGCAGCUCAUCGCACGCGCGAGAACUGCCAAGACCACCUCCAAGGUCAACGAGAUGCUCUCCGACGUGACUUCCACCGGCUCCGCGGGCGCCUUCGAUCGCAUGAAGGAGAAGGUGGAGAUGCUGGAAACCCGAGCUGAGGUGUCCCAAGGCAUGUUGCCUGAAGCCACCAGUCCAGGAAGCCUGGAGGACCGCUUCAAGCAGUUGGAAUCCGGCAACGCCGUGGACGAUGAGCUAGCUAAGUUGAAGGGCAAGAAGGCCCUUCCCGAAGGCAGCACUGCCACUGGUGGAAGUGGCGGUGGCACUGCCAUUGAUAGCGAACUGGAAGCCAUGCGAAAGAAGUUGAAGGAGACAGCAGACAACUGA